AUGUCUGACGCCUCACGGCAAGCAGGAGCGACGAGCCGGCUUUUUGUUUUAAGUGUAUGUGUGCUGGUGUUUCACGUCUUGACGUCGUUGGCGCAGGAAGCGGUCUUCUACCUUCCUGGCUUUCACCACACACUGUUGCUUACCUGCGCACAGGCAUCAUGCGUAGCUUGCUUUGCUUUUGUCACACUCUACCGCUCCUUGCCCGUUCCCUCCAUGUCACCAUGGCGGCGAAUUGUGGACGCGCGCCGCGUGCCAGUGCGCACCUACCUUAUGAUUGCGCUGAUGAACACGAUAAGCGUGUACCUGUCUAACGAAUCGUCGCGCCUUCUUAGUUUUAGUACACAAGUCGUCUUCAAGUCGGGCAAGCUGCUUGUUGUCUGGCUUGUGCGCUACAUUGCCAUUGAACUACCAGCACAUCUUAGGGCAACACGGACGCCGUGGAAAAGUGCCAAGGGUGGUAGGGUGAAGGGGCAGCAGCACCAUUCACCUACCGGGGUUCCUUUGGUUGACGUACCGUAUGGGUGCGCCUCUGUGACCAUCGCGGAUGCGGUGGUGGAGGGGCGGAUGUCGUCCAAGCUUAUUUCGGUGUCUGCUCAUGAUCGAGGUGGUCCCAGCACCACGUGUAAUGUUACUGCCACGACUGUUGGUGGCAAGAGUGAGAGCGACACCUUUGUGCACGGGGCGGUGUCGAUGGAUCGCUCCCAGGCGUUGAAGGAGGUGACAUCCUGCAUCGCCGUUGUUGUGGGCCUCGUUGUCUUCACUUACGCGACGACGGAUACCCGCACGACGAAGGGUGCAAAGAUGCAGGAAAGCUGGUGGCGGCUCAUUUCAGGCGUCACAGGCCUUUUGGUUGCGCUACUGUGCGACGCCCUCAUGUACCUCGGCGAGGAGAAGUACUGCUUCAUGCGGCAUAACGCAUCACACGAGGAGGUGCAGUUUUAUGUCUUUUUCUUCUCAGCGGUAAUUGGCUUUAUUUUACUCGUUUUCAGCGGGGACCUUCGUGACGCGAUAGAUUUUGUGGGCAGAGGCCGCACCUUCAUCACUCUGCUGCUUGCCUGCUCCUUCUUUAGCUACAGUGGAACCUUCUUCCUCCUGCGUAUCGUCUCGGAGUUUAAUAGCAGCACCGCCACCAUAGUCACCAGCGUUCGCAGGUCGCUGACGGUGCUGUGCAGCUACGUUGUUUACCCAAAACCGUUUGGUUUCCUCCACCUCGUUGGUGUAACCUUCGUGAUGGGCGGCGUAUGGCAGUACGAGCAGGCGCGGAGGAGGCGCAGCACACCGGCGACGAGGAUGUUAGACGACGCCGUACUGGUGGAGGAGGAGGCGUGUAUGUAG